AUGGGUGAUAGCAUUAAGCGAUACGGUGUUGGCACUGCACGAUCGGCAUCGGCGCUAGAUGAUGACGUUGGGCAAUGGCGCUACGCGAUGGGACCCUCCAGAGUUGCAUUGGAGGAAGUGGUGGCAGAGAAGCAACCGGAAGUGGCUGAGGAGAAGAAGAAGAAGAUUAAAGAGAAGAGGGAUGAAAGAGAUGAGCAAACCCAUCGAAUCAAGGCAGAGAAGAAGAUCAAAGAGAAUGGGGUUGAAGGAGAUGAAGAGGCCUGGAAAAAGAAAAAGAAAGAAAUAAGUGAAAGAAAGGAACGCAGGCGAGAGGAAAGGCGCCUGAAAAAGAAGGAAGAGAGGAGAAAGAGGGCUGAGAGCCCAGAACUGGAUGGAGAACCCACCUCCGUAAGGGGGGACAAGGGGGAGUCAGCGCAGCUAAAAGAAUUAGCGCAACCUAACACUUCGCAAACGGUUGUGACUAAUGAGGGAGAAGAUGCAUAA